AUGAAGUUGCUUCAGCUUCCAAACGAACUGCUGCAAAUGAUCUCUGCUUAUUUACCAAGACAAAGCAUUGCCAGAUUGUGCUCCACAUCAUUAGCGGCAUAUCAACUGUUCUUGCCUCGAUUGUAUCGACAUGUAGAACUGGGACAUCGCACGCACAUCAAGCAGCUGGAACAAGGUCUACAAACCAAUACUUAUCUCAAGGAAACUGUCAAAGCACAUACACAAAUGUUGACACUUAAAUGCCGUCAAGGUGGUAACAGCCACUGGUUGAUUAUAUCGCUGUUUGAACAGUUGCCUAAUGUAAGACACUUGUGCUUUCGUGAUUUCCUAGCAUUGUCUGUGCAAAAAGUCCGCCAAGUCUUGUUGACACUGCCUCGAUUGACGCAUCUUGAUUUCCAAUACUGUGAACUCACUACUACUACUACUACUACUACUACUACUACUACUGUUGCUGCUUUAACAACCAAAUCAGUGUCAAUGUGCCAUUUACCCACUCUGAAAACCCUUAAUUUAUUAUGGACGGACUUUUCGGCGGAUGCCAUACGGCAGCUAUUCAGCUUCACACCGAAUUUGAACUGUGUCAUUCUCGGCGCAAAUCAUAACCGAAAGGCCAUGGCAAACGAUGCUGCUCUACAGUAUAUGACAGAACACUGCAAACAGGUCAAGGAUUUAUCCAUCUCAUUACAGCAAGUCAAGGAAACUUCAUUGUGUCAGGUCAUUGAAAAGUAUGGAUCACAAUUGCAACAUUUGUCCAUACGCUGUGAAGGAAACGAUACAUUAUGGGCCAUCUCUCAGCACACAAAGCAAUUGAGACAACUGGUUAUACGGUGCAGUAACUACACAGGUGGUUAUCGUAGUGUGAUGAAUGUGUUGCAGGAUUGCCGAUCUUUACAACAUUUGGAAAUGGUAAGCUGGCCUUUACAUGAUGUGCCGAGCAUUGUACUGGAACAGAUACGCCAUAAAGCAUCCAACAUUGUCAAGGUAUCAUCCACUAUGCCUACUACAACGGCACCAAUAGUGACGCCUAUCACAACAACAACAACAACCUACAUAGAAGGCAUUAAAAGAACUGUUGCGCUUGAUAAACAGGAUUUACAAGAGAUUCGAAGAUUGUGCCUGGAUUAA